AUGCAAGCUGCAGUUGUCGUACUGAGCUGGUUUUUCUGUAUUAGUGCUAAUGCUGCUGCUGCUGCUGCUGAUAAUGUUGACGACGGCAGCGAUACAAUCAGUGAGCGUGAAAUCGAUAUGGCAUAUAGUCAUCUCACCAAAUAUGGAUAUAUAAAGGAGCCUGGUGAAGGUGAAUCAACUCAAGAUAAUCGUACAAAUAUCACCGUUAACGCUUUAAAGAAAUUUCAAGAACUCUAUAAACUACCUAGUGAUGGCAGAUUAAAUGCCGAAACAUUACAACUCAUGUCUCGACCUAGAUGCGGAAAUAUUGAUGACCCAGCAGCGUAUAUGACUCAUCGGUAUAAAUGGACAAAACAGACUUUGAUUUACUAUAUUUCCAAUAUGCAUGACCUGCACAUUUUACAGAUGACGGAUAAAGCAUUUCAAGUUUGGGCGAACCACACAAAUUUGAAAUUCAAAUAUAGCUCAAGGAACCCAGACAUAUUAAUAUCAUUUCAUACCCGAAAGCAUGAGUUCGCUUCACCACCAUAUCCGCAAUGUGCAUUCGAGUUUGAUGGAUUGGGCAAUGUAUUAGCCCAUGCAUACUUUCCCUCCAGAGAUCAGAAUGUUGUUGAAAUGCAUAUAGAUUGGGAAGAACGCUGGCAUGUAGCAGAUGCAAAUGCACCUCCCCCCGGUUAUUCUAGUUAUUUCCAAGUUGUCUUACACGAAAUAGGUCAUACUCUCGGAUUACACCAUUCGAGCGAUGAAAAUGCACUCAUGUUUCCUUAUUACAAUUCAAAUAUGAUCACGCUACAUGAGGAUGAUAUAGCUGGAAUCCGAGCACUAUAUCCUAGUGAUACUGCUGGUACCCCUUCACCAGAGAAUAAAACUUAUCAUCUUUCAACGCGUAUUAAGACAACUACACCUACUCUCAAGACCAUUAAACCACCUGACCUGUGUACCAUUCAAAUCGAACACUUUUUGAUUCUAAACAAACGACUUUAUAUGUUUUAUGAACAUUGGGUUUGGAUAUCGGCGUUAAACAGCAGCAAAGUGGAACCUGCCAAGAAUCUGCUUGAGUGGUUAACGUUUCUUCCGGCAUCUUUUAAACGUUUGGAAGCGGUAUAUCAAAAGCCUAACGGUGAUGUUGUCUUCUUUAGUGGCGGUCGCAUAUACAUAGUGCAAUUCCCUAGUCUGCAACUGCUACCAGGAUGGCCUCAACCUUAUAGCCACUUCACAAUUCCCAACAGCCAUAAAGUGAAUGCUGCAGUUAACACCUAUACCGGACGCACGCUUAUUUAUCAUGGUGCAAAUGAACUGCUAGAUUUGGAUGAUUGUAGUCAUCGGCCUAAAAAUCGCUUAAUAUAUGCGGAAACCUUUCCGGAUAUUCCGGCUAAGAUAACUUCUAUAUUCAAAUACAUGGAUGGAUACCUAUACUUUAUCACCGGAAAUAAAUUUCAUAAAUAUAGUGAAUAUACAGGUCGUGUAAUUCAAUCAGGUGACAUUGAUCUAUCCUUAUUCAAUAUUCAUUGUGCUAAUAAAGGCGUAUUGGAGCAAUUAUAUAAUGUAUUAGCUAAACUUUUAAAGUUUGAUAAACAUAUUGAAUUGUAUAUGCGGCAUUAG